GCAUCUGCCGCCUGAGCUGCGGAUCGCGGCCGCCGCCCGGGCCAUGGAGACUCUGAACGGCCCCGCGGGCGGCGGCGCCCCGGACACCAAGCCGCAGCCAGCCGGCCAGCAUCACCGCCACCACCACCUGCACCCGCUGGCGGAGAGGAGGCGGCUUCACCGCGCACCUUCGCCCGCCAGACCCUUCCUCAAGGACCUGCACACGCGGCCCGCCACGGCCACCUCCUCUGCGGGCCGUGCCCCGACUCCCGCCGCCCCCCGCUCGCCCAGCCUCGCUGGGAAGGCGCCGCCGUCGCCCGGGCCCCCGGCCGCACCCGGUCGCCUCUCCCGACGCAGCGGCGUAGUCCCGGGCGCGAAGGACAAGCCGCCGCCGGGCGCCGGAGCCAGGGCGGCUGGUGGCGCCAAGGCCGCCCCGGGGACUAGGAGGGCUGCGCGCGCCGGGCCCGCGGAGCCACUGUCCCGGGUCGGGAGGUCGGCUGGGGCCGAGCUGCCGCCUGCGGUCGCGAAGGGCCGAAAACCCAAGCGGAGCCCCGGGACGCCUCCAGCUCGCACUGUCGGACCCUCGGCACCGGCUGCUCGGGUCCCCGCCGUGACCCUCUCUGUGACCUCGGUGGCCGGCUCGCGUGUCAGCCACACCGACAGCAGCUCGGAUCUCUCCGACUGUGCCUCCGAACCCUUGUCUGAUGAGCAGCGCCUGCUGCCCGCCGCCAGCAGCGAUGCGGAGUCCGGCACUGGCUCCAGUGACCGGGAACCCAUGCGCGGAGCACCCACACCAAUCUCGGGACCCCGUGUGCCGCCGCCGGGCAGCCCUGAGCCCCCUGCGCUGCUCACGGCGCCCCCUGUUGCUGGUGCCUGUCUCGGGGGCCGAAGUAGCCCAGGCGGGGUCUCCUCAGGGUCCCUGGGACCCUUUUCUCAGGAGGAUGUUGAGGGCCGAGUGCCACCGGAGCGGACGAUUCUCGGGACCCUCAAGGAGCCUAGCUUGGGCGAACAGCCUCGGCUGUUGGUGGUGGCUGAGGAAGAGGAGCUGCUGAGGGAGAUGGAGGAACUGCGCUCGGAGAACGACUACCUCAAGGACGAGCUGGAUGAGCUCCGUGCAGAGAUGGAAGAGAUGAGGGACAGCUACCUGGAAGAGGACGGUUACCAGCUGCAGGAGCUCCGGAGAGAGCUGGAUCGGGCCAACAAGAACUGCAGGAUCCUGCAGUACCGACUCAGGAAGGCCGAGCAGAAAAGCCUGAAAGUGGCAGAAACAGGGCAGGUGGAUGGGGAACUUAUCCGAAGCCUGGAGCAGGACUUGAAGGUAGCCAAAGACGUGUCCGUGAGGUUACACCACGAACUGGAGACGGUGGAGGAGAAGCGCGCCAAGGCCGAGGACGACAAUGACACACUCCGGCAGCAGAUGAUUGAGGUGGAGAUAUCCCGACAGGCCCUCCAGAGUGAACUGGAGAAACUGAGAGAGAGCUCUCUGAAGAGAAGAGGCAGCCGGGAAAUAUACAAAGAGAAGAAAACCGUUAACCAGGAUGACAGUGCGGAUUUGAAGUGCCAGCUUCAGUUUGCCAAAGAGGAAGCCUCCCUGAUGCGUAAAAAGAUGGCCAAGUUGGGGCGGGAGAAGGACGAGUUGGAGCAGGAACUGCAGAAGUAUAAGUCCCUCUAUGGUGAUGUGGACAGUCCCCUCCCGACAGGGGAGGCUGGUGGGCCCCCCAGCACCAGGGAGGCGGAGCUGAAGCUGCGGCUAAAGCUGGUGGAGGAAGAAGCCAGCAUCUUGGGCCGCAAGAUCGUGGAACUGGAGGUGGAAAACCGUGGCCUCAAGGCAGAGAUGGAGGACAUGCGGGCUCAGCAUGAGCAGGGGACAGGCAGGGACCACGUGCCAAGCAUUCCUACCUCACCCUUCGGAGACAACGUGGAGUCCUCCGCGGAGCUCCGCCGGCACCUGCAGUUCGUGGAGGAGGAAGCUGAGCUGCUGAGGAGAUCCAUAUCAGAGAUCGAAGACCACAAUCGGCAGCUGACCCACGAGCUGAGCAAGUUCAAGUUCGAGCCUCACCAGGAGUCAGGGCGGCGUGGGGACGGUGCGUCUAAGGGCCCCGGGGCCGGUGUUCCUCUACAAGAGGAGCUGCAGUCAGCCAAGGUACAGAUCGAUGAGCUAAGUGGGAAAGUGUUGAAGCUGCAGUAUGAGAACCGGCUGCUGCUGUCCAAUGCCCAGCGGUGUGACCUCGCCGCACAUCUGGGCCUACGUGCCCCGAGCCCCCGAGACAGCGACGCCGAUAGCGACGCAGGCAAGAAAGAAAGCGACGGCGAGGAGGGCCACCGCCUGCCUCAGCCAAAGCGCGAAGGCCCUGUUGGUGGAGAGAGCGACUCCGAGGACGUAUUCGAGAAGACCUCAGGCUUUGGGAGCGGGAAGCCUUCGGAGGCCAGCGAGCCGUGCCCGGCAGAGCUGCUCAGGGUCCGGGAGGAUGCCGAGUGCCUGGUGAUCAUAAAACACGAGGCCCAGAGGCUUGAGCGGACCGUGGAGCGCCUCAUCGCCGACACAGACGGCUUCAUCCAUGAUUCAGGCCCAAGGGGUGGUGAAUCAGCCUCGCCUGGCAUCCAAGGCCAAGGUGAGGGUAGCCCGAGUGAGCCCUACUUGUUGGAGACCAUCAACGUGAGGAUGAAGGCUUUCAGGAAAGAGUUGCAGGCCUUCCUGGAGCAGAUGACCCGGAUUGUGGAUGGGCUGUCGCCCUUAUCCCAACUCACAGAGUCAUCCAGCUUUCUGUCCACUGUGACUUCCGUGUCCCGGGACUCCCCCAUCGGGACCCUGGGGAAGGAGCUGGGCCCAGACUUGCAGUCCAAACUGAGGGACCAGCUGGAGUGGCAGCUCAGUCAGGAUCGUGGGGACGAGCGAGAGGGCCUGCGCCUCCAGGCUUCUCGGGAGCUGCACCAGCGUGCUGAUGGGGAUUCCGGGAGCCACAGGCUGGGAGGCCAGAGCUGUUUCAACCUAGAGAUGGAGGAAGACCACCUCUAUGCUCUGCGGUGGAAAGAGCUGGAGAUGCACAGCCUGGCCUUGCAGAACACCCUCCACAAGCGGACCUGGAGUGACGAGAAGAACCUGCUGCAGCAGGAACUGCGCUCCUUGAAGCAGAACAUCUUCCUCUUCUACGUCAAGCUCAGGUGGCUGCUGAAGCACUGGCGACAAGGGAAGCGGAUGGAGGACGGAGGAGAGGACUUCGCGGAGAGCGACCAUCCAGACAGUGCUCCCGGGCUUGCUGAGCUUGGAGUCCAGGGGGGUCACCAGACAGAUGGAGCCGACCUAGAGGAUUCUGACCCACACUCCCCGGUACAGAUCAGCGAGCAUGGAUCACGGCUGCAGCCUGCAGAUGGGGGACCACUCAACAGGCAGGUGGUGGGAAAUCAGCAGCUGUUCAGAGCCCUCAAAGCCCUGCUGGAGGACUUCCGUUCCGAGCUGCGGGAAGACGAGCAUGCCCGGCUGCGUCUGCAGCAGCAGUAUGCCAGCGACAAGGCUGCCUGGGAUGUGGAGUGGGCUGUGCUCAAGGGCCGCCUGGAACAGCUGGAGGAGAAGACUGAGAAGAGCUUGGGAGAGCUUGACUCCUCUGCUGAGGGCAAAGGGGCCCUGAAGAAGGAGAGAGAGGCACACCAGAAGCUCCUGGCUGACAGCCACGGCCUGGUCAUGGACCUGCGCUGGCAGAUCCGUCACCGCGAGAAGAGCUGGAACCGGGAGAAGGUGGAGCUGCUCGAGCGUCUGGACAGCGAGCGGCAGGAGUGGGGGCGACAGAAGGAGGAGCUCCUGUGGCGGGUGGAGCAGUUACAGAAACAGAACAGCCCCCGGAGAAGCGGCAGUUUCCUCUGCAGUCAGAAAGAAGACGAGGCCCGCCCUUUUGCACACCAAGGAGGCCUCCGUGCACCCCGACCUGUGUCCAUGUGGCCCUGUGCAGACGCCGACUCCAUCCCCUUUGAAGACCGGCCGCUCUCCAAACUGAAGGAGUCCGACAGGUGCUCAGCCAGCGAGAACCUGUACUUAGACACACUGUCGCUGGAUGACGAACCAGAGGAGGAUCCGCCACCUCUCAGGAACUGCCUUGCCGAGGAAGAAGAAAGUCCCAAGGGAAAUCUUCAAAGGGCUGUGUCUGUGUCCUGUAUGUCUGAAUUCCAGCGUCUGAUGGACGUCUCCCCAUUCCUGCCUGAGAAGGGGCCACCAUCUACCAGCAGCAAGGAGGAUGUCACGCCACCCCUGUCUCCUGAUGACCUGAAGUACAUCGAGGAGUUCAACAGCAAAAACUGGGACUACACAUCUCCCAGGGCUGGGGCCGACAGGACCGAGGUGGGGCGGGUAGGGCAUGAAGCCACCACGGAGCCUUUCCCUGACUCCUCCUGGUACCUGACCACAAGUGUCACCAUGACCACAGACACCAUGACCAGCCCAGAGCACUGCCAGAAGCAGCCACUGCGGAGCCACGUCCUUACUGAGCAGUCUGGGGUGCAUGUACUACACAGCCCACCUGCCAUUCGCCGGGUUGACAGUCUAGUGUCAGGUGGCGAGGGCAGGAGCCGGGUGGACCCCGAGGGCCACUUUCCUAUGAGCAGAGCAAGAGGGAACCUGGCAGAUGCCAAGGGAGGUCAUCCAGAACCCAUACUUAACAGGUGGCCUUGCACCCCACCCAGACACCUCCGAGACUAUGUAGAGGGGUCUCUCCGACCCCUCGACAGACCUGUUUGCCCCUCCCUGGGAUUUGCCCCCCUGAACAGUUUAGAUAUGUCUAAGAACAUGAGUGAUGACAUGAAGGAGGUGGCCUUCUCUGUCAGGAAUGCCAUCUGCUCUGGUCCCGCUGAGCCACAAGUCAGGGAUAUGGCCUGCCAGACCAAUGGGUCCAGGACAUCAGGGACACAGACCAUUCAGACAAUCAGCGUGGGCCUGCAGACUGAGACCCUCCGUGCCAGCGGUGCCACCAGCAGCCCCCACAAGUGUCUCACACCAAAAGCUGGAGGUGGCACUACACCUGUGUCUUCUCCUUCCCGAAGCCUUAGGAGCAGACAGGUGGCCCCUGCCAUCGAGAAGGUGCAAGCCAAGUUUGAGCGCACCUGCUGUUCCCCAAAGUACGGUUCCCCAAAACUUCAGAGAAAGCCCCUCUCAAAAGCUGACCAGCCAAAUAGCAGGACCUCACCAGGCACAACCCAGAAAGGGUUCAGCGAGUCGGCCUGGGCCCGCUCCACCACCACACGGGAGAGCCCUGUGCACACCACCAUCAACGAUGGCCUCUCCAGCCUCUUCAGCAUCAUCGACCACAGUCCCGUGGGGUUGAGGGCUGGGAGCCGGUCUCGCUCGGCAGAGCCUCGACAAGAGCUGGGUCCAGGCCAGGAAACAGGCGCUUGUUCCCGAGGAAGGUCGCCCAGUCCCCUGGGAGUGGGCUCAGAGAUGUGCAGGGAGGACGGGGGAGAGAGCACACCAGUGAGGCAGGACUUAUCUGCACCCCCUGGCUACACACUCACUGAGAAUGUGGCCCGGAUCCUCAACAAAAAGUUGUUGGAGCAUGCCUUAAAGGAGGAGAGGAAGCAAGCCGCCCACAGCUCCUCAGGUUUCACCAGCGACAGCCACACCGGAGAAGCAGUGCCGGCUGAGCCAGGAUCCAUGGAGGAACUACCUUGUUCUGCGCUCGCGCCAUCCCUAGAGCCCUGCUUCUCCAGGCCAGAGAGACCAGCAAACCGCCGCCUUCCAUCCCGUUGGGCCCCGCCUUCUCCCACUGCCUCACAGUCUCAGUCACCCGGAGACCCCCCAGUGUCGCUGGAAGAACACCGUGAGGAGGAUCCGCCAGAGGAGAAGCCACACCUGUGAGGGACAUGAUGCAAGCUUGCAUGGAGUGUCACCGGAAUAAUCCCCUUUAAUUGGCAUAACCCUGACCAUCACUACCCACCAACCUCUGCCCCCCAAGGAGAGAUGUAGCUUUCUCAAGGUCAAAGGAUGUGUGUUCUAAAAACACACAGCUGCUGGAUGGUCACCCUGGUACACUGAGAUGUUUCGGGAAUGAAACAGUAAACGUGCCUGUAAUAAUUUUUUCAUAGCUCAGAAAACUAUUUUUGUCUCCAUCUUUUUUUACACACAAUAUAUUAAACAGACAAACAAACAAAGGUAAAUAAGGUAUAAAUAGAUUUAAGAGUUUUAAAAUGUACAUUUAAAGAGAUCCCAAACGCUUGUUCUCAGCCCCGAUUGUCUCUGUUAAAUUUGCACUGUUCCGUUUUGCUUCGGUUGCUCCAUAUUGAGUUCUGCGUGUUCUAAGUUAAAAUUUAUUUUGUCCAGUGUUGAUUUUUUUAGGACUCUUUUUAAUGCUUCAGACUGUCUAACUCAGUGAACUUUUUGUAGUGAAAAGGCCACGAGGCCAGAAGACAAGAGAGUCUGUAAUCCAGAAGGAUGCAGUUUACCGUUUCUGGAAAGGUACGGAGCCCCUCAGUGGACUUAACAAUCGCUGUAUGACCCAUCUCGCGCUCGGCCUGGCCGCACGUCCUCGGGCGCCUGUACAUAUACCGCUCUGUCCCUGCCCUCACCCACGUGUGUGUCGGUCUGGUCCACUGU